AGCCCGACCGUGCUAUUUACGCGAGUACGCGACUUGCGAGCACCCGAGAUUAUCGGAUCUCAGAAACGGCUAAACCGAUUGAGUUCUAACUAAGCUCAAUCGAAAGCUUGGGGUCGAUUUGUAUCAGAAAACUGUUUUUAUUCUUCCUCUAUGUGCCCUAUAAGUGGAGUAUAUUGCAACGCAAAGUCCGAAAUGUCAAAAUUUUAUGUAAGAUACGUCAUCGUCGUCGUCGUCAACCUUGGUGGUAUCUAUAGGUCUGUUUUUUAUUCCUGCACUGCUGCACUGAUGCAAUAAAUUAGAAUAAGACAAAUAUAUUUUUUCUCAUUCUAACUUAUUGCACUAGUGCAGCAGUGCAGGAAUAAAAAACAAACCUUAUAAGGGGGCCGACGCACAGUGGGAAAAAACGAGACGUUAAGGGACAAAAAUCUGUACUUACGUCAAUUUUCAAUCGAAUUCGAUGAAAUUUGGUAUCCUAUGAGUUUUUUGGUCGCUAAAUCUGAAUUCACUGCCAAAAAUUAAAAAUUCGAUAUAGCAAAUCUACCAUGACUAACAAAAGUGCUAUCAAAAUGGUUAUUUUUGUUGGGAUAUCAAGAAAUCUGUCUGUAUGAGCAAAAAAAAUUUUUUGGAUGUGCACUAGACUGUUAUUAGUUAACUGCAAAAAUAAAUCAAUUUAUUCAAACAAUAAUUAAGCCUUCUCACCGCGUCAAGGUUACAGUCUACAAAGAGGGUUUUUUAAUUUUUUUACAUUUUUAAAAUUUUUGUACGUUUUUUUGUAUUUUUUAUAUUUUAUAUAUAUUUUUAUUAUUUUAAUAUAGUUUAAAAUUAUUGUGAUUUGUUUUAUUUAUUUUCACUUUCAAUAUCAUUUUCAUCAUGUUCUUCACAAUUACUUAAAUUCACUAAAGUCACUAAACUAAUUGAAGUGUUUGGUUUAGGCCCGAAUUCAUAGUCGUUUCUCAAAUCUUAAGACUUAAGAAUUUCUUAAAUCUUAAAUUAUUUCUUUAAAUUGUAAUAGCUGAUCUUAAUUGCUUUAUAGUCUAUGGUUUAAGAACGAAUAGGAAGAGAGCGCGCGAGAGUUGAAAAAUAACCUUUAAUUCGUAAAUUUAAACUGUGGUAUAAAUACUAAAGUGUGGUAAAUAUAAAGACAAAAAAUAAUUACUUUAAAAGAGUGACAAAUAAAAACCGUAUCAUUAUAAUUUUUUUAAUAUAUCAUAACAUACAACGAAAUACAAAAAACUAUAAGAAAAUAGGUUUUAAUUUUAUAUUUUACGACAAAAAACUGCAGUUGUGUAAAAAAAUACAUCUGUUUUGUUUAUCGAAUGUUAUAUUUGUAAUUAAACUAAUUACCAUGGCAAAUGAUCUAGAUGAAUUUUUGGAUUUUAUGAAUAUUAGAGAACAUUAUCCUGUUAGAUUACAAAAGCGUUACAUAAGAGAUCAAUCAAACCCCUUUGAAUAUUAUGUUGAAGAAGCUUUCACUAAGCGUUACAAGUUUACAAGUUAACGAUCAAAUAAUGCAUUUUAUAUUACCAUUAGUAGAAGAACGGUUAAAAAGGCUGAUAACAGAGGCUUGCCAGUAUCUCCAAUUUUCCAACUUAUAAUGGCCCUUCGUUUUUAUGCGACUGGAAAUUACCAAACUGUUACAGGUGAUCUAAAAGAUUUUUCGCAAUCCACUGUUUGCAGAUGUAUCCAAAGAGUAUCAAUAAUACUUGCUGAAAGAUUACAUAAUUAUGUAAAAUUUCCGACAACUGUUGACGAUCAGCAAAAAAAUAUUCGCAAAUUUUAUCAGAUUGCUAGAUUCCCUAACGUAGCUGGAUGCAUAGAUGGUACACUGAUAAAGAUUGCUUGUCCUGCUAAACAAAUUGAAGAAAUAUUUCGCUGUAGAAAAGGUUUUUUUGCUUUAAAUAUAUUGGCUACUGUAGGUCCAAGAGGAGAGUUUUUGUUUAUAGAUGUGCGACACCCAGGUAGCACUCAUGACAAUACCUGUUUUGAUCGUAGUGCUUUAAAAUUAUACUUUGAGCAAAAUCUAAUAAAAGGUUUACUAUUAGGUGGUAAUGGAUACGGUUGUAAAUCGUAUUUACUUACGCCAGUAUUACAUCCAGUAAAUCAAUUUAAACGCGAUUAUAACGAAAGCCAUAUAAAGACAGGAAAUAUUAUUGAAAAAACAUUUGGUAGAUGGAAAAGAAAAUUUUCGUGUUUGAAAAGAGGGCUUUUGAAUAAAUUAGAUAAUGCCAUUGCCAUCAUUUGUGAGCUACCGCAGUACUUUGGAAUUUGCAUAUUCACUUAAAUUAUCGAAAUGAUAAUUUUGAGGAAAUAGAAUCAGAAAAUGCUGAGUAUCUCGAUGCUGAUCCUCCUUGUGAUAUAAAUGGACCAGAUUAUCGUUUAGAAUUUAUUACAAGACAUUUUACAAAUUAAUUUUUCUUUUGUAAGUUUACAAUUAUUGUAAUAUUAUUUUAAUAAAAAUAAAUUUUAGACACUGA